CAUACGUUGACACCUCCCCUUCACACGAUGAUCAACAGCUUUGGGCCACUUUUGUAACUCUUGUGUUUCGUUUUUUUUUCAUAUCAGACCAGUAUAAUCAAUCAUUGCCAUGAGAUCGGACUACGAAAUGGGUUCGAUCGACGGAGGUCAAUUGGAACGUGUCGGGUCUGAGAUUCCCUCGGAAGAGUUCUACCGGACUCCGUGCAACUCUACCACCGCAUCCAGCCGGUGUUCGGGUAGAAUCUCGCCGGCACAAGCCUUACCUGGUAUCCGCAACAACUCGGUGGGAUCCUCUCCGCGAAGUGACUUGCACCUCAUUCGUCGGCGCAGGCAGGAGAGUGUCGCGGAACGGGGUCACACGUUUCGGAACCACUCGCGUUUUAGUAACAAUACAACUGACAGCAGCUUCGUUUUGGCGACGCCGCAAGAGAUCGGGUUACCCAGUCUCUCCUCGGAAGAACUCAAUACCUGGAUGUGGUAUCCCGAUCAGUCGCCCGCCGCGAGUCUCCCAUCGGACCGGGCCGAUUUGGGCACGAGCAGCCCUACAGCGAGACACGGUUCUUUGGCUUUGGACGUUGCCCGAGAUCCUUCCGCCUUAUUUUUACCCAUUGGGGACGAUGAAGAUGCCUUUCGGGAAGACGAGGAAAGCGAAGCUUACGGAGUACCUAGCUUGUAUACUCUUACCGCGAGUCCAAGGUUUCGACUCAACCCGAAGCCUUCGUCGAAUCGAUCCCCAUUUUGAUGCUGGCCGAUUGUCGCGCACGGUUUGAAGGUAUUUCUUUCAAUUCGGUUGGCGACGAUGAUUAUUCUACAGCUUAUCUUUGUUUCCACACACAUUGGGGACUUUUUGUUGUUCAAUAUUUGCAUCACACCUUGUUGGGCUCCUUGUGAGUUCUUGUAUUUUCUGUUUAUUGCUUCCGAGUAAUGCCGUUCCAUAGGUCAGACUGUGUAUAGUUCAAAUUCAAUGUUUACUUUUUCAUU